GAGAACGCAAAGGAAUGGCGUAGCAAAGGGAAAGAUGUUGCAAUAGAACCGUUGGAAGGACGAGGCUUGGUGGCAGUUCAAGGCUCUUUCCUGAUUUCUGCGGCGAUAAUGUUUUUUGGGAUUUUAACAAGUCCGGAAAUGAAGAAACUACUCGAAAAAGAGACGGAUUUCGAUCUGAGUAAACUCUAUUUUAUGAACUCAACGAUUGGGAGCGUGUGCGGCAUUCCGGAUUGUCGCAUAACUCGUUGUGGAUAUACUGGAGAGGAUGGAGUUGAGAUCUCAGUAGAUCCGAAACAAGCAGCUGAUUUGGUCGAGAGGCUAAUGAAAUCAUCUCAAGCCAGCGUGCGAUUGGCUGGAUUAGGAGCACGGGAUGCACUUCGUCUUGAGGCUGGAUUAUGCUUGUACGGCAACGAUAUUGAUGAGAACACGACGCCGAUUGAAGCCGGAAUCGCGUUUGUCGUAGCUAAACGCCGUCGACAAACCAAAGACUUCCCAGGUGCCGAGAAAAUUGUCUCCCAAUUGGAGAAGAAAAACUGGCCAAAACGAAGAGUUGGAAUUAUUUGUGAUAAAGGACGUGCGCCGAGAAGUCAUUUGCCAGUAAUUGAUCCAGUGACUAAGGCAUCUGUCGGUGUAGUGACAUCAGGAUGUCCGUCGCCAACGCUUCACAAAAGUAUCGGUAUGGCGUAUGUGGAUCGACCGGAUUCAAAGCCAGGCCGUGAGCUGGUCAUCGAUUUUGGCACGAAACAGCAGAAGAUUACCGUCACAAAAAUGCCAUUCGUUCCGACCACCUAUUACAAUCCUCCAAAAUAA